AUGGAACUGAUUUCGGGGUCAGCAAUUGAAACAUGCAAUUUAUCUGAAGUGCUACGUUCAAUUCACGUGGCUUUACUCUGUGUGCAAGAAAGUCGAGAGGCUAGGCCAAACAUGUCAUAUGUGGUUUUGAUGUUAGGUAACAAAGAUGCGUUGGCACAGCCUAAACAUCCAGGUUUUUUCAUUGAAAGGGAUACUAUUGAAGCAAGUUCAACAAAACAGAGCAAACCAUCAUUAGCUAAUGAUUGCUCAAGUUCAGUCCUUGAUGGAUGUGAUGGUGUAUAUCCAGAAACUUUAGUUCUAAUGUUGUGUGGUGAGGCCAUGAAGAUGCAUUUCCCCAGCCAAAACCACCAUGUUUUUGGUUGGUUGAAGCAGAUUCUUUAUCAAGACAGAAAUCAUAAUGUUCGGUCAAUGAAUUCAGUAUCACAGUAUCCGAGGCAAUAG